AUGUCUGGCGGAGGCCCGCCACCGAUGCCUUCCAUGCGGUCGUCCUUUUCUCCAGACCACCAUUUGUGGCUCUCAUCUCUCAUCUGGCCCGACAUUCCUCUGCAAGCGUCUAUUUCCUGCAUCGCCGUCAAUCCAAGAUGCACAGUUUUGGCAACAGGCACCCACACUGGCCACAUUUACAUUUGGCAACUGAGUGCGGUCCAUGCCGCUCUGGCCUGUCCAGAAAGCCGCGUCUGCCGGCUUGGCUCGAACGCUGUGGCUGGGGAUGCUCCGUCGUCGCAUGCGGACCCGCCUUCCGAAAAUCGGCUCUCGGUUUUGCCGCCGUCAGCUGAUGGCUUCUCCACCGAGCAGAGCGCUGUGCCCGAGGGCAAGGAAGACGCAGCGUGGAGACCGGAAGAUUUUGGAACCGGACGCGACCUUACUCAGGGAGACUGCAGCAGACAGAGAAACGCCAAGGUCUGCAGAGAAUCGGUCUCCUCACGGAAUGAUGGUGCCUCUGGAAAUGUCUCCGGCGACUUGCCAACCGGCAGUUCCCGGACUGAGUCGUCGCCGUUUUCGUCCGCUUCGACGAACGCAGGCGGAGCCAGCUUCGAGGCUCCUCUCCCGCUUGUCCCCCAUUUGAUUUUGAUCAGUGAGUGGGGCGGAUCUGCGCCGGUGAUCGAGUGCGUCUUUGCCGUCGCAGCGGCGCCGCUGGUGAACGCAUGCAGUGAAGAAGUAUUGGUGUCUAUACACUCGGACAGCAAACUGCGGAUCUGGUCACUUCUCGACGGCCGGUGUCUGUCGGCCACGAAGCAGUUUCCGUAUCCCUUGAUCUCCAUUCGCGUGCUGUCCGAUCGGCGUUACGUCGUUUUAACUGGCAAAACCGGCGCGAUGGUUUUCGACUUGUGGGCCCACUGUCUUGUGUGUCACCUCUCACUUUCUCUUCCAGGCGUUGCCUCGCCCUCAACUGUCUUUGCGCGUCAGCCAGGUGACGCAGCGCUUCAGGCGGUGCCGGGGGGCUCGGCGCCUGACAGCGCUCGGGGCCCUGGAGGAGCGGGGGAGUUCUAUGGGAGACGAGAUGAAGCGAAGAAUCCGCUUUCGAGAGCCAACAGCGGGAGAAUGUCCAGACGCUCCCCCAGGGAAGUGACGGAAGCUCCGAAGGCAUGGCCGUGUGUCUGUCUCAUCGCUACGGCCACCAGCCCGCCUCCAGACUGCAGCGAAGAUGGACUACGAAGAGUGCGGACUUUGUUCCCGAAUCUACUAGGUGACCUGCCAUUCCCUCCUCUCUCAUCGCAGGGGAACCCACAGCCGGGCAGUGAAAGACAGUCCACUGCAGAAGGAGUCAUCUUUCGAAGCUCGUCUGGGGGAGACGCCGGAAGGCCGCCACCGGAAAACAGCAUGGGUGUGUGUCCCCAAGGUCUCCCGCCUGACGCUCCCGCCUCGUGUGCGUCCUCGUCGUUUUCGCCCUCUUCGUCCUUUGCGUUGCUCCACCAACAGUCGAAGUCCCUAUCCCCCACAGAGCAAGUCUUACGAGGAGACUCCUUUUCGUUCUUGGCUUUUCCUCAGGCCUCUGCAGAGGACUUUGCCCCGCCCUUUCCCCGUCUCAACACAGCCCCCCGGCACCGCGCCACAGAGGCUCCAGGAGGGAAAGGAGCCUCCCCUCUGUGGCCGAGUGAUUCGGCCUUCUUCCACUUGGCUCCCGAAGACUCCCCUGAGCCGGGGCUCGUGCCGCCCUUCCUCGAGCAGCCCGUGACUGUCGCUGGACUGACGCCAGAGGGCCGCCUAGCUGUCUGGGACCUGCAGGCAGUCUUGGCUAGCUGGGAGGAGCAGCAGACACAGCUCGACGGGAUGGGUGGGCGCGCACUGUUUCACGGGAAGCGGGAACACACAGUCUUUGGCUCGUUGGUGUCUCAAGACGCGGCUAGCUCGGCCCCACAGCGAUACGUCGCCGGCACCACUCAGGGACCGUCGGGGCUUCCGGAGGAAGCUGCCGGGGAUCCAGGACCGCCUGGAGACCGCAGCGCGGCUUCAGCGGCUGUUGGGGGUGCCGCGGGGCCUGGACGGAAAGGAGGCUUCUCCGGGGGACCGUACCAUUCGAAUUCCAUGAUCGGCCUACGCGACCCGCUGGCAGGAGACACGGCGGGAAACGGAGGAAGAGACAGAAAGAAAGGGACCAAGGCAGGAUCUUCAGUCGGCGAAGGAGCCGCGGCAGUCCUCCAGCCCAUGAGGACAGUGUUCGGCGGCAUGUUCGGAGUUGGAGGAGAGGACGAAUCGGAUGACGAAGGUGACGAGGCAGAGGACAACCAAGCAUCCAAAGGAGUCGAACCCGUAUUCGUCUCCAGCGUCUGCUGCGAACCCUCAUCGAUUCCUGAAGUUGGCGGGAGCGGCGCCUCUAGUCUCCUCUCUGUGACUGCCUCAUUCCUCGUCGCGCUGAGCUCCGAGAGCCUCGUCGUCUGGCGUCGCUUGCCCCGCAUGUGCAGCCCGUCGGCGUCGCCUACUUCGAUUUCCUACAGCCCGUUUCUGGACAUUCCAGUCACCACCCUCACCUCUCCCGCGGCGUCCUCAAAUUCCGGAUUCCUAGGGCCCGGUUGUGCCCACACAGGAGACAGCCGAGACCGAUCGAGCCAGAGCCAGGAGGAGGCCGAGGGGCGAGGAGACACUCGCGGCGAGGCACUGUCGUUGGCAUGGUGCCCAGCGGUGUUUGGAGACACCUGGGGCGAAGGGGAGAUAUCCCAGGGACUGCCCGUGGGCUGGAGUGGCUUGCACCUUCUCCCCUACUCGCGACAGGUGUCUCGCUUCUGCGAAGAACUGGAGGCCCUUGAGCGACAGCGCAGCUCGGCGAAUCAGGGGGCGCGAGCGGCGAGUGAGAACGAAUGGACUCUUUCUAUUCGAGGGCGAGGGUCGUCCAAGGCGUCGGAGUCUCGUGGGAGCUCGAUAGAGAGUGGAGGCCUCGGGACGCAUUUUUCCUGCGAAAAUGUCGAGGCUGUUCUUCUCGCGUGGACCUCAGACGGUGCUCUUCGGGCGUUUCUUCUUCCGCUCCUCGACGCGAGCUUCCUGCCCAGUUCCACGUUGUCUCUCGCAUCCGGAGGGCUGCCGGGAGGCCUCUCCCUCGCUCAAGGCAUCCUCAUUGGCCACAUGCCGGACGACCUUCUUGGAGGCGAAGACACACCCACGCCUGUUUUCCUUCCUCUCUUCUCGCGCUUCUCUUCUGCGGUGGGUGGGGGUGCCCGACGGUGCUUGGGAGGGGGCGAGGUGGGAGAGCGCAGUGGCGGGGACAGAGAAGAAGGAAGACGAAGGAGAAGAACGGCGGAAAUCGUUGGAGGGCUCCUGUCGCUGGGUGUCUCCCUGGAGGUCUCCGACCGUGUGACAGUGGCCUCGUGGAGUCUGGAGACAGUGGAGGCGAUGCCUGCGGUACGAGACAACCCUCACCGGUUUGUGAGGGCCAGCCAGAGCAAGGAUGCUCGACUGCCGCUGGAGGGGGAGGGGCUAGAUGCACUGCUGUCCCCUGGCCGCUUGACUAACGCCCCCUCAGAACAUGAGGCGCGGGAUCCUCAGUUCGAGGAAUCCCCCUUCGGUCAGGCGUCUUCGUCUUCCUUUCCAAGUUCUCGUCCGUCCGCCAAACCCCCGAGAACGUCCGCGCUUCGUCUUCGCGUCUCGCUGCGGGCGUCGAUAAGUGUCGGCGAGUUGUGGCUGCUCCCCUCCACACUUCGUUCGAGUCUUCAUCGCACCCUCUUCCCCCCGGUCCCGACUGUGCUCGACGGCGCCCGCGAGGACACAAAAAGGCCCUCCCUCGCCUCGAGGCGGAAGCCCCAGGGCGGCUGCCUCUUGCUGGGACAGGGGCGCGAGUGUGUAGACACGGGCGAGGCUGUGCGUGCACGGUUCUGGCGCCUCACUGGACUGCUGGAACAACGAAGGCACCUUAGCGAAGGUCGGGCCUGCCUGAGCUGUCUGGCAGGUCCGGAACUCGAGAGCGGGACUGGCGAGCGGAGUUUGGACGGUGGCACACACCCCACCAAAAAUCCUCUUUCUUCACACGCGGGAUGUAGCCUGCAAAUGGACGCCCCGGCGUCUUCGCGCGUGUCUCCAGAUACCAACGGAGCGUGUACAUACACCUCAGAUCGGCAUAUAUUGUCCUGGUGUCUGGUGGAGUCCCACGGCCAAGUUUUCCUCAUUUGCAGUGCGUCAGAUGGGGCGGCGCUAGGACUCUGUCUGAACCACGUCGCUGCGCGGCUGAGGCUCCAUCGUCACUUGGCUGGAGAGACCGCUGGGCACUCUGCAACUUGUGGACACUCUUGGAAGGGGCUGGUAAACGCAGAUCGUGCUUCCCAGAGUGUCUCUACAGACGACACUCUGUUCUUGAGCGGGUCUCGCGAUCUGGCCCCGUGGCCGAAUGCCUGCCAUGUGCUGCCCAGUUUGGUGCGUCUCCCCACUCCGGCGACACACCCCGGUUUGGUGGCUGCCGUGGAGGCGCAAGGCGCGCGCCGGAGUCUGGGCAAGACCGGCUGGAGGAGACGCGGACCCUCUGAGGCCACACCGCGAACGCGAGGGUGGGGUGGAGACAGCGUGGACGGGGGCGCGAAAUCGAGACGGGGAGAACAAGAAGUCUGGGGACUCGUGGCUGGAAGCGCGCGAGGCUCUCCCCUUCGCUCGCUGUCCGCGGGGGUGGGCGCAGGAGGCGAGUCGACGACGACGUGUCUGCCGACGUCUGACGAUUUGGAACCAGACGCGUUUUCGGACUUCUCGUCUGAGUUAUCGUCUCAAGGAUCCUCGGAGGAAACGUUCUCCGAGUUCGCCAGCGAGGAGUCGUCUGCACAAGCUUCAUCGGCUUCUGGAGUCUCGUCGCCGGGAUCCUCCGAGGACGAAGAGGAGAGAAGAUCGCCUUCCAUCGCCUCGCCUCUUGGCCGAUCUCUCUCGAGGUUGUCCACGCGCCGCCGUGUGCGGCCACCUCCUGGCGCGCCUCCCCAGUCGCCGACGCCUCUGUGUGCGGCUCCGCCGGUAGCAGUAAAGACGCAGGUGACCCACUUCUGUUCUCUGAGCUCGGUGCUGCUCGCUGGAGGCACGAACCGAGGCGACAUUCUCUUCUGGCGGCUGCCCUCCUUCUCCGUUUGCGGAUAUCUCCCUCGAGCCCUGCCUGCGCCUGUGUGCGCGAUGCUGCGCGUCUUGUCGGUGUGCGGCGGCCAGGGCGAAGCGCAGUUCGACUCGAACUGUUUCUUGGUGGCCGACGCCACGGGGCAGCUCACCCUCGUCGACGCGGCCAAGUGCUGCGGGUGUACAGACACCUCGAGUGCAAAUCCGCCAGACACCGAGUUCCACGCUUCGCUGUCUGCUCGGCGUCAGAAGCCGGACGGGGCUUCUGCCGAUCGACGCCACGGAGUGCCCUCGACCAGUGGGGCGUCCAGGGAGCCCGCUAGCCAGACCAAAGAUCGAGGCGAAGAGGAUUCGCGUGGGCCGCAGGAAGCCGAGCAGAGACAGCAGCGAAGCGCGCCUGGCGCACGACCAGACGAGCAGGUCGCCUCGAGUCUGGGCUCGAAUCUGGCUCCAGGGCUGGAGCCAGUGCUGUCAGAGAAAGGGCUCGUCGAAAGCCCCAUGUACGUGCACUACCGCGCCUCGACGUGGAGUGUACGUACACCCGAGCUUCUCCAGGCGGUGCCGCGGCCGUGCAACUGGUCGGGUGUGUUUCAGCUGGAGCGGCCGGAGGGAGCGCCGUGGCGGACGUUGGGCUCUUCCGGCUCCCUCGAGGGCGGUCUCUCUCCCGCAGCGUCGCUCGUGGCUCCACACGCGAUUCGUAAAGUUGCGGUGGAUCUCUUGUCAGAUACCAUUUGUUGCAUCACCGUGUCGGCGCGCUUCUUCCUGUGGAAGAUUCAGACCGGGCAGCUCCUGAAGGAGGGGCCGCUGUCGAGGAUUGCCGGCAUCUUCGCACCCGACGUCCCCGACGCACACCUCUUCUAUUCUCGCACCUUCCUGCAGAAUCCGCAUCUGUACUCCUCUUCGCCCCACCUCGAGAUGACCGUUUGGGGGUUCGCGCUGGGACAUCUCCAACUCGCUUCCUCCUCCUGUUGCCGCUGUUGCCACUUAGCCUGCAGUUCUUCUGCUUCCUCGCCUCGCCGUUCGGGAGCGAAAUGGGCCAACCUGGCGCCGAACACAGAAUCUCAGAUGGUCGCGGCUGGCGACGUGGACCCGUGUGCGCAGAGUGGAAGCCAGGAGACACUUCUGAACGCCGAGCCUCCCUUCAUCGCGGGUGAGCCGCCUUCCGCACCGUCGUCUUCAGACGUCGCUGAGAAGCGCCAGUCGUUUCGUCGGCGACGAGGCGAGAUUCGAAAGGAAAGAAAGGACAGAGGCCAGAGCAGUGCGUGGGCUUCCCUCUGUUGCCACGCAUCCGCGAAAAGCAGCAUCGAGGCGCAUCGAACGCUGCCUAGCGCCGCUGUCCUACUCCUCCCGGUUUCGCAGUUUCUCCAGCCCUGCUACCCCCCCAGAGUGGCGCUGCCUACUGGAGCUUCGGGCGCUGGCACCGACCGGGCCGCAGGCCUGGGGUCCAGCCGGGGCGCGGAGACCCCGCUGGCCGCGCAUGCACUCGCACUCUGCUCUGCGUUUUUGCCUUUCGGCGUCAACGCGUCAGUCGAUGCUGGCCUCCAGGAACUGUUUGCCUUCCUCUCGCCGUCGCCCUUGCCCCUUGUGCCGGGCGUUAUCGGCGCAGACCUAGCGAUCUCGUUCUCGCUGCCGCUUCUCUUGAUUCACGGCAUCCUCCACGACUCCUACGUGCGUCAGGCCCUCCGCGCCGCCACGGUGUGCGCGAGGCACCCGGGGGUAGACGCACGCACUUCCCUGCGCCCCCUCGAAGCUGCGCCUUGUUGCCACCAACCCUCGCUGUCUCAUAACUUGCUUCUUCACCAGCGAUCAGUCUUCCAGAGCUACGAGGUCUGCAACAGGGAGCCUCCGCGAGCGUCGGCUUCUCUCUCAGGAUCUUCGUCAUGUUUGUCUGCUUCCUCUCCUUCCCGCAUGAUCGGCUCUGACAUAACGGGGUCGCCCCUGGACGGCGCGAGCGCGAGGGAAUGUCUGGAAAGCUUCUCGUCUUUUGCAGCUGCGCUAGCGGAGCGUGACGCCGUCUGGACGGUGCAUGCAGCGAGUGAGGUUGCACGGGCGCCGGCCUUCCCAGACGCGAUGUCGUCUGUCGUGUCGCACCUCAUACAAAGAGAGCAGCGGAGUCAACUGAGGAAGGCAGGAUGUAGCAGCGCAACGACUCCAGCAAUCCUCGCUGUCCAACAACGCCUGUGGCGCCUCCAGAAGCUGCCGGGUCUCUGCAGGUCCGCUGCGGCCCUCAAGGCCCUCGUCGCCUCUGGACCAGCCGCUGUGCUGAUCGCUUCAACUGCGUGUCCGUCUGUGGUAUCUCAACGGACUUCUCCGUCACCUGCUUCGGCUUCCCUGUCGCUCGCUGCGAAGGUGCGGGGUCAGCCAGCAUCCCGAGAGGUCUCGCAGGCCCGACGGCGCAGCAAAAAAAAGAGCCUCCCGUCAGGCUGCGAUCUCUCUGGCAUAGACCUUCCUCCGCCGCCAACGUGUGAAGCCCUGAAUCUCUUCGGACUCCCGUCUGUAGCAAGCAAGGGUGCGGGGGCCCUCCGGGUGUCGGCUGCGUCGCCCGUCUGUUUCUCCUCAGCAUCUUCGCUCUCUCUCACUCCGAGCUUCUUGGGCGCCGACGCGGCCGUUGGACUGGGCCUCGGGGGAAGCAGGCGCGACUCUCGAGGAGCCCCGGGAUUUCCCCAGGGACCCCUUUCAGGGCGAACCGGGGGCUACGUUUUUGGGCUUUUCUUUGCCUCGUCUACCUCCGCAUUUCUCUCCGCGUCCGUGUACUCCGCCUCCACUGCGAGCCGCGCCUCAGAAGGCGCCAGAGUCCGUCUGCUGCAGGCCCUGGACGAAACGCAGAGCUGCGGCGCUGUCGGGACCACGAGCCGUCAGCUGCAGAUCCAGAUUCAGCACCACCAAAAAAGCCUUUACCACCAUCUUCACGUCCUCCAGAUGCAGCAGAAGCGCCUUGAGGCCAAGCUGUGCCCCGAGCAAGAACAGCCCGCGGAGGCUAAGAGACAGGCCACAGACGAGAGAGAAAAUACAGUGCAUGUCGGACCAGAAACGAGAGUCAAGAAACAGACUCUACCAGCUUCCGAAGUAGAGACUCCCGAAUCCGGCGCUCCCAUUUCUUCAUCGUCGUUAACGAAUCACAUCCGUCAGUUGGAGAUCCAGCAAGGUGCGAUUCGCCAGCAGCUCAUUAGCCUGCAGCAGCAGUUGAUUUCCCUGGCAGACGGCGAAUACUGGGGAGACGAUGGGCGAGCGGAGGGCUCCCGUCGGCUUAUACGCGGACGCGAACGGCUAGUGCACCUCUCGCUGUGUGUCGCGACAGCCCCGUGGCCGGGGUUCGCGGCCGUCCAGCGUUUCUGUGAACAGCGCGACGCACUCCGCAUUCGCGGACGAGAAACCGCUGCUGUAAGCGCCGAUCUCCUGAAUGGCGAAGAGAGAGAGCAGGAGGCGCAACGACCACUGAAGGAAUCGAUUAACCCCAACUCGGCUGCUUCUGCCCCCUCGUCUCCGCCAUCCACCUUCUCUUCUCUGACUUCUUUCUCCUCGUUGUCGUCUCUCGCGUCCUCGCCAUCGACGCCCGUGUCGUCCGGUGAGGCUGCUAAUGCUCACUCUGACGCUUCCAACCUCUUCCGGCUUCUCCUUGCUCUCCGGCAGGAAGAGCGAGGGCUGUGGCUGCGCCCCGGACCCUUCGCGUCCAAGGCGCGCUUCGGCUCUUGCUCUGCAAGCGCCACGGGGAGCGACGAGAGCCGCCAGCGAGGAGGACCUGUGCCCGGCGCCUCAGAGACUCGGCAGGCCUCACUUCCUGCGGCAUUUGUGAGUGGCGGACGCCUGCCUCUAGCGAUUGGUGGCUGGCCACUGCCGCGAUUCGCCCUAUAUAAGGACACGGCUUUGAGUUCGCCUUCCUGCGCGCAGUUUCUGCGUUUGUCUAGCGCCUCGCUCGCCUCGCCGCAUGUCUCCGCGGGCACAUCGCUCUCGUUUCUCUCGCUUCUCUCGGCGGCCCUCGUCCCGACUCUCACCCCGCCUCCGCCCUCCGUGGGCGCACGCGCCGCACUGAUUCAGGCCUUCUCUGACAAUUUUUGUCACUCGUUUUUCCCCUCGGUUUCUCCUGCUUCGACUGCAGAUGGUUGGCCCCAGGGCGGAGGCAGAGCAGCCCAGGAGACUGUUCAUUUGCGGCAUCCGUCAAUCUGUGGCGAGUCUCGAUCUCAGUCUCGUCUGACAUCAAUGGAGGACUCCACAUCCCGCGGCCCUCCGGAUGGGGUCGCUGACCAGCAUGUCGCCUUGACACUGGAGAGCCGAAAGGAAGGACAGGCCUCGCUAAAAACGCUGCCUCCCUUUCCUUUCGAUGUAGUCCCCGCAGGUCCCUCCUCGCCGCUGCCGUCUCUUUGGCUGUUGACGCUGUGCUUCCUGCAUAACUGCCCCUCGCCUUCCCACUCGCCUCACGGGUCGCAUCCAAGCGUGGGCGUUUCCGCUUCUUCUAGAGCUGCGGUGUACGUCCACCUCGGAGCCUGUGACCUUCUCAGGCGGGCAAUCUGCGCCAUGGAGGAGACGCAGCUCCUUCCCUUCGUCGAUGUCUGCCUUCAGUUCCUCGGCGCCGGCUGUGCAGUUUCGCAGGCGGACCAAAAAGACGCGCUGCACCGCGCGGCAGAAUCUGGCGUUGCGGCUCUGCCUCCAAAUCUGGCAGACGAACUCGAUGUCACCGGGCAGAGUGAAGUGGCUCUCGUCCUUCUCACAAUCAUUAUUUACGAACGGCCUGGCCUCAGUAAAAUUGCAGGACUGAACGUGGGCAUCAUCGUAGGGCACCACCUGGCUCGCGCGUUUUUGGGGACGCUUCUGCCUCUCGCAGCUGCAGGGCCCUCGGCGUCUGCCGGCGGCAUCGUCGCGCAUGCGUCGGCUGGGGUGGCGUCCCAGGCUCGGGGGGGAGUGCCACCGGUCGCGCGCGCAGAACUGCUUAUGGAGUUGUUUGCCUUGGGGCUGGGCAUUGUGUGGGACACUACGUGUUUGUUGAGUCGAUCCAUUUCGGCUCUCUUGGAUGGUUACGUCCCGCGAAGCCUCACAGCCAAGUUGACAGGCAACAACGGCGCAGGGGAGGCGCUUCUGCCCGACGAGCUGCUUCUCUGCCAGCUCAUGGCUGCCAUGUUCGCCUUUACCUUGCGGCCCCAGUGGAGCGCGUGCAGCUCCCUCAUUCUCACCCGCCUCGCCCGCACGAACUUCUCGCUGUUCGUCAAAGUUCUCGGCAGAGCUGCCGGCACUGUUGAGUUUGGCUCCGAGUAUACGGCAGCGGCGUUGCUGACUCUCGUCCAUUUCAGCGCGCGGAUUCCCGAGCUGUCUCUGGAGCUUCUUCCGGACAUGGUCGAAGCGGUAGUCCGGUGUCUAGACCCCGCGGAGCCUCACCUUCGUCGUCGUGCACUGAACGCCGCAACGGCGGCUCUGUUUCACCUUGUUCGUUGCUUCCCCAUGGCAACGUUUCAUCAGCAAACUCAACGCUUCGCUGUAGGCUGCGUGGAUGGCCUCAUCAUCCUCUACGACCUGCGCACUGCCACCAAGUGGAAGGUGCUCGAAGGCCAUACAGGCGCCGUUAACUGUCUCUCCUUCUCCGACGAUGGAUCGCUCCUCGCCUCCUACUCCAGUACCGACUGCACAAUGCGCCUCUGGCAGAGUUCAUCUUCCGGAUUCUUUGGGGGAAUUCUUGGCAUUUCAGCAAAGUCACAGAAGGUGAUUGAGCUACCGCCCUGCCCCAAGAAUAUUUUCUGGCAGUCCAUCCCUUACCAAUUAGAGACCGUUCGCAUGGUGAACAAGUCCAAAACGGAGUGGAUGAUCCGUCGCGAAGAUGGCAAGGGCUACAUGGUUUUGGUUUCCUAA